GAUGUUCCAAGAGGCUCCUCAGUGUGGGCGAGUGAAAUGCCCUGGCUGUGAGGAACAGUCCCAAAUCAUCUCUACUGUGUGUUCAGAUGUACAUGGGUUUCUUCUAAGUUGACUAAAGCUGUUUUAGAACUUCAGGUACCUCAAAGAUCUGAUUGAAAGUACUGCACAAGCCUGCCUGCCAUGGGCUGUCGGGAUGUCCACGCAGCCACAGUCCUCUCCUUUCUAUGUGGGAUCGCCUCAGUAGCGGGCCUCUUUGCAGGGACUCUGCUUCCCAACUGGAGAAAAUUACGACUGAUUACAUUCAACAGAAAUGAGAAGAACCUGACUGUUUACACAGGCCUGUGGGUGAAAUGUGUCCGGUACGACGGAAGCAGUGACUGCCUGAUGUACGACCCUACAUGGUACUCAUCAGUUGACCAGUUGGACUUGCGUGUCCUCCAGUUUUCCCUGCCCCUCAGCAUCCUGAUUGCAAUGGGUGCCUUGCUGCUCUGCCUGAUUGGAAUGUGUAAUACAGCCUUUAGGUCCUCUGUGCCUAACAUCAAACUGGCCAAGUGUCUGGUCAAUAAUGCAGGCUGCCACCUGGUGGCUGGGCUGCUGUUUUUUAUGGCAGGUAAUGUGAGCCUCUCUCCAUCCAUCUGGGUCAUCUUUUAUAACAUCCAUCUGAACAAGAAGUUUGAGCCAGUCUUUACAUUUGACUAUGCGGUAUAUGUCACCAUCGCUAGUGCUGGAGGUCUUUUUAUGACUUCCCUUCUACUGUUCAUUUGGUAUUGUGCAUGCAAAUCUUUGCCUUCUCCUUUCUGGCAGCCAUUGUACUCCCAUCCUCCCAGUAUGCACACUUACUCCCAGCCCUAUUCAGCUCGAUCCCGCCUCUCUGCCAUUGAAAUUGACAUUCCAGUAGUUUCACACACUACCUAAUGGGGAUAUAGGUAAUUGUUUAAAAAAAAUAAACUUGUUGUAGCCUCACAUUCUCCCCAUGUAAAGAGCUAUAUAUACAUUUUCCUGUGUUCCUAACCAGUCAAUGAAGCCAAAUUUGUGUGUCCUGCUAGAAUGAAGUGCUGCUAGUUUUUAUGAGGAGUAAAUUACGUUAUUUUAAGUGAGAAACAUUCCUUUUAUCUUGCUUCUUAUACUGGAAGGGUUUUUAACCUCCUUGUUGAUAUCUGACCAAUAAUUUAAGUGGAAAGGACUUGUGUCACAACUGAGGUGAUUUAGAACAACAUGGUAAAGAUGAUGACUAAGAGAAGCUGUUUUAUUCAGUCUUUCUGAGUAUUUCAGAUUGUAUGGUGUCCUUUUUCUAUAAUACCUUAAACUGGAAAAAGAAAGGCAAUUUCAAAUAUAAGAAAUUUCCUUCAAAUAGGGUAAUAUUUUGACAGUAGUCAAUAAUUUACCAGUUUAAGGCUUUAACUUUUCUUUGGGGGCUAAUUGUACUGAAUAGUCUUGUUGUGAUAAAGAUUGUUUUCUUUUGUGAAUUCCUUAUCUUCUACCUCAUACCAAUGUUUGAAAGCAAAAUGGAUUUUAAGUGAUUUCAUAGUAAAACUAACAUUUUAAAUAUCUGUUAGUUACAGAUAACAUUUAACAAUUUUUAAAGUUAAUGAUUCCGUAAAUUGCUGAAGUUAAAAUGUGACAUGUGACAGGUUGGUGCUUUCUC